AUGUCGACGGUCAUUCUCGGGGGAGGAAUUAUCGGCUCUUCUAUCGCCUACUAUCUGUCGAACAAACAACCCACAGAAGAAAUCCACGUCGUCGAAUGCUCCUCGCAGCUUUUCAGCGCCGCAUCAGGCUACGCAGCUGGUUUCCUGGCAAAAGACUGGUUCGCACCGUCUCUGGCACCGCUAGCCGCUCUUUCAUUCGAUUUGCAUGGUGAAUUGGCCGCGGAGAACGGCGGAACUGAGAAAUGGGGCUAUAUGAAAGGCUCUGCAUUGAGUCUUGAUGUUUCAACUGGAGGUUUAAGGAACGGUCCUCGUGGCGAUGACUGGCUGCGAGCUGGAACGAGCCGGGCAGAUACUGCUGCUGGAUCCAGAGAGUCGCAGAUCGCAGAGGCACCAACGUGGUUGACGAAGCAGAAGGGUGCGGCGUUGGAGAAAAUUAGUGAUGAUGAUACGACUGCUGUUGCGUGA